AUGUCUGAAGUUGAAUCACAAGAAACAACUACAAGCAUCGAACCUAACAUAUCUCCAGAUGAUUUAAAUAUUAGUCUUGAAGUUCUUUACCAAAAACUACAGGAUCUCGAGCUAAUUGAGCAAAAAGUAUUCGGUUGCGUGGAUAAUUCACAUGGCCGUACGUUCUUACAGAACCUUGAGACACAAAAUGAUGAUACCGAUGGCCAAAAAGCCUCUCAGACUAACUCUUCCGAUACCUUGCUUCACAAAGCUGGUCGUGAGAAGAUUAGAUUUCUAAAAAAUAUGAUCGACAAUAUAGACACCUUGCGUGGAAUGAUUCGAGACAAGACUAAGAUUAUCGCCAGAUCGCAUAUUAGACAACUAAAUAUUCUUGAUCUUCCUGAUGAGCUACUUAUUCGAAUCUGCGAAGAAGUACAAGGUAGAGAAGAAUGUCAUAUAAAGUAUAUUCCCGAUGCAAAUAUUGGCAUACAAGAAGUCAAAAACCUGCGACUAACGUGCUGGAAAUUCUGCAAUGUGAGCUCUCAUCUUCUAAUCAGCUGCGUACAUGUGGAUCUAGAAGCAAACUCGAUAGCUCACCUUGAUGAAGUUUCACGACAUCCAACAAUUGCAAAGGGUGUUGAGGUUGUUCAGAUAAACAUGCUGUACUAUGAUUCUAUUCUAGAGGAAGACGUGGAGACUUUUGGCGACUUUCAUGCGCGACAACUUCAUGACGUUACUGAGUGUGUAGAGGAUAUGGCUUCCCAUGAUGUUGAUCUUUUUGCGGGAACGCCUAGCGAAGUUGUUAAUAGCGCCAUCCAAAAAGGAUGGGCCAUUGGAAACGCCUGGUUUGAUUAUGUCAAUGACGAUAGUGAAAAUAAGCCUACGGACAAGUGUGAGGGAUAUCAAAAAAUACUUCUAGCGGCAUAUGAGCAGUACAGGCAAAAGUAUGCGGCACAGGAAAAGCUCCUAAAGAGCGGAGAUCUGCCCCGAGUAGUUGCUGCGUCAAUGGCAAGAAUGCACAACGCUACCCGACUCGACCUACACAACUCUGAAUUCACAAGAAGAUAUCGUAGACCUGACUAUUUAACUAUGAUUAAUAAUGAGGAAAGUCUCAUUAAAAGCACACUUUUCCCCAUAACCUGGGAGAAGGGGAUGCGCUUUGAGCUUGGAAACCCACCACUUGAACUUCUAUUUCAAUUACCAGCAGCCAUUUAUGAAGCUGGUGUUUUCCUGAGCACCCUCGAAAUAAGAGCUCCACCCUGUGACUUCUUAUCCUUGGCUUCAGAUAAAGAAUCCCUCCAAAAAGUUAAGGAUGCGACGCAGAGACUCAGAAACUUCUCAUAUGACCCGAGAGUAUCGUACUGCUCGGGACUUUGGUCAGCUGAGGAGUCUAACGAAAUUGAAGCCCUGGGUGAAUACCUAAACGCGCACCUUCAGUCUCCCCUUCUUGAAGAUAUCAGACUUUCAUGUGACUUCCUACAAAUUGACGCAGUCCCUCCUUGGUUUAACCUAGGUGUUGUUCUUACCCGUAAUCAUUGGCCAAGACUUAAAAUUAUAUCUUUGACUGGAUUAGCCUUUCACUUCUCCGAACUUGAGAUAUUCAUCAAUCAAGUUCAGAAGCCACUCACCGUCUGGUUUCGACGUCUGCAUCUUUUAAGUGGUACUUGGUCCAAGGUACUCGAUAUUUUACGAGGAAAAGUUGGAUCUUAUCCGACAAUAGAGGAUCUAUCAGGUGGAGAAUUCGAUGAUAUGUCGGAUGAAGAAAAAGAGGAUAUCUUGGGAAAGGCGAAAGUUGGCUGGGACAUGAACAAAGUGGAACUAUAUGUUCUUUCAAUUUACGGGCCUCCUAAUCCUUUUAAAAAAAAUUCAUAG